AUGGGACUUUGUCUAGCAGUGACAUCUACACUUCUUCGGGUCUUGUUGGUGACUCUUCAAGAUGGUGGAGCUAGUUCCUGUGCAGAAGUUGGAGGCAGGCUUGCCUGUGAAGACAUCUGUGAAGUCAGAAGACCAGCUCUCCACAAGUUUCAAGUGGACUUUGUUGGGGAUUCCUUGGACUUGGACUGCAUCAGGUAUAAGGGCCUGAAGGAAGUCAGGUUAUUCAACAGGACCUUCUGUUCAGGGAAAGUUCUAGGCAUGGAAGAAAUUGUGAGACCCUGGAGUCACUGUUUCUUCAAACACACAAAGAAGCAAAAAACAAUCAAGGAAGAGUCCAGGACUUCAAAACCUGUCCAGAAGACUUCACCACACAAAACAUCAUCAACAACACCACUGACCUCAUCAACUGUGCCAAUCAAGCAAAGGAUCAGCACCACAAGUCAACCUACAACAGUACUUUGGGAGGAAGAAACUGCUACCAUCCAGGAUCAAGACAACAGUGUUUUUAAUAAAAAUGAUGUUGUGACUGUUGUGCCUGAAACCCAGUUAGAACAUGUUCCUGCAGAGGAGAUGAGGGAAUCAGAGGCAGAAAAUCAAAUGGAAGAGGCGCCUCAGUCAGUUCUGAAUCCUUUGUUUGAGGAAUUGGAGAUGGCUGAGGCUCCUUCUCUUGCCACA